UCUCGACACACCACCAUGCGGGACGACGAGCCCCCGCUUCUAGCCGCCCCCAUCCCCGGCCCCCAACCUUCCCGCUUGAAGCGAACGCUACAAACGCUCCGCUCGCCGUUCCGCUCCGGCGCGCCCUUCCACAUCGCGUCGCUCAAGCGCACCGGUUCGAGUAAAUCCUCAGUAUCGGACGGUGAGAUCGCGCGAGACGAACGCACUAUGCGCAAGAAAAAUAAGAAACUACGCGCGGAGUCGGCGGACGCUUCGCGGAGCACUGACAGUUCGCCGAUCGUUGAAAAAAAGAAGUCCACUGGAUUGCUUAAGCGUAUGGGAAGUAUUGGAAAACGGCGAGGAGAAAGUUCCACGACCCCUUCGCUGUCUGACGAUCCUGGACCGGAACCCGAACAAGGUGAUCAACAUGAAGUUCAAGUUAACCCUUUGGAUCAAGAUCAAGUUUUACCAAAGCCAGAACCUGACACGACUGUUGAGUCCGAAAAGCAAGAACAACAAUCCACCAACACAACAGAAUCUAAAUUAGAUUCCACGUUGCCAGAGCCGUCUGCAUCACCAGAACCGCCUUUCAUACCUAUAGCGGUAGAACAUCCAGUAGCGAUGCGUGCCUUUACAAAGGAGGCGUGGAAACGACGCCGUAAAACUGAAAUCGCGAAACCUGUAGAAGAACCGAGUCCGGGUGAUGCUCUAAAGCGACGCAUUGCAUUCGUCGCGCAGGCGUCAGUUGCCUUGUCAGAGGAUCGUGACGAUGACGAGGAUGAGGUUGAGGAAGGAGGGGGUGAGGUGGGGACACUGGAGGCGGCGGUUUUACUGGCCCGGCAGCGACUCGCUAUGGCUGCGCAUUCGCCCGCGCCGCCGCAUUCGAGCGACAACAACGAAACGGAAGAGGAGGGGUGUGCGGACACGACUACGACGGACGCAGCGGACACGAUGCCGGCUUACGGAGACCUCAUCGAGCCGGAAAACAAAGCUGACAAUGACGACGUACCACCGUCUGCAUCUGGGGGUGGUGAGAGGCGAGAACAUUUAUACAAAAUCCUCGUGAUCGGAGAACUUGGUACGGGGAAGACUUCUAUCAUUAAGAGAUACGUGCACCAGUUCUUCAGCCAGCACUAUCGAGCGACGAUUGGAGUCGACUUCGCACUUAAAGUUCUCAAUUGGGACGCGAACACCGUUAUACGUCUACAAUUAUGGGACAUUGCAGGUCAAGAGCGUUUUGGGAACAUGACACGCGUAUACUACAAGGAGGCUGUGGGAGCGUUCAUAGUGUUCGAUGUAUCCCGCGUCGCCACAUUCGACGCAGUGGUCAAGUGGAAGAACGACUUGGACACCAAAGUGCAGUUGCCUGACGGGUCGCCUAUACCGUGUAUACUGUUGGCUAACAAGUGUGAUCAGCAAAAAGAAGGUAUAGUGAAUUCACCAGCGAAAAUGGAUGAGUAUUGCCGGGAGAAAGGAUUCGCAGGCUGGUUCGAGACCUCCGCUAAGGAGAACAUCAACAUUGAGGAUGCGGCUCGUUCAUUAGUUAAUAAGAUUCUUCUAAACGACAAACUGCUUCAAAGCAGCGAUAAAGACGGCGAUGGAUUCGCCCUCGACCACAAGAUCGCAAACGGAGAAAAUAAUCGCGACACAAGUUCAAGCAAAUCUUGCUCUUGCUGACCGACCACGGGCAAGAAAUGUGGUCACUCGGCUCACACUCGUGGUCAUAUUAAAUUGUGUUUAUAGUGAUUUAUUAGUUGUUAUGUUAUAUAUAUUUACAUGACGACACUCAAUCGAUAAACAUAUUUCUGUUGAUGAGUCAACAAUAUAUAAAUUAACUUGUUUUUGCCAAUUGCUAAAAAUACUUGAUUGUAAAUUAAUUACAUAAAAAUAAAUUUACGAUUAUUUUCUUAGUUUUUGAAACGUUAUUUUGAAAUUAGAACGUUUUAAAGUUAAUUUGUUUUAAAAAUUUUGCUCAUAAUGAAAACAGUCAUUUUGUCAAAAUCAAAUUUUAUUAUCUAUUAAAAAAAAUGACCGGACGCGAUACUGAGUCAGUACCUUAGUAGUUAAAAAGUUGUCGUGUUCAAUUGUGGCCUUAAUUUAUUAAAUUUACGUAUAUUUAAGGUCAUAUAAUCGUCGAAUUUAUGGUAUAUAUUUAUUGUGAAAUGCGUUUCGCGGUUGUAAAAGCAAGCUAUUGUAUAAACAGAAGUCGUGUAGUUUUGUCAGGUUGUUAUUUUAAUAAAAAAUAUUAUUAGAAAUUGGUGCGGAUUCUUAAAACACACGAGAAGUUUCUUUUUGUGUAUGGUCAUUACUUCCUUUUAUAAUAUCUUUGCGUAUUUCAAUUGUCAAAUAGUUUUCACUUAAUACUUUAUCUUGUUUUUACAUAUCGUAAACAACAGAUACGAAAUAAAGUGCCUCUUUACAUCGAAUUUCUUUAUCGUGCCUACUAAGGUAGAGUACAUUAAGUUAUUGUAAAGUUUAUAAUGAACUCCUUAAGUGCCAUUUUCGGCUAAAGUUAUAUAUAAUUAUAUAAAAAUUCUAGACAAUAGUGUAUAAUAUUCGAGUUAUUUUAUUGUAAUAAGUAUUACUUAUUGUAUGAGAGCGUGUGAGUUUAUUUUAAAAUAAAAUGUUUUGAGA